GCCACUUCUCCCAAUUUUGAAAUCAACGACUCAUUUCAAAUUUCACUCUCCGCCCAAAACUCUCCCUGUCUCUCUCAGAUCUCGACUCUCUCUAUCUGGUUAAUCAAACAAAACCAACGGUCCAAAUCCAAUCUUGGCUUCUUCCAUUACAACGUUGCUCAAAAUCAACGGCUCUGAUUGACACUGCCUUUGAUUCCAAUGGCUUCUAGGAACCAGAAUCGGCCACCUCGUAGUCCUUCUUCCAAGAAGGAAGGGGUGGAAGGUAUUCCUUUAGAUAAGCGGAGGAGGAUUGGGAUGGGAAGAACAGGAGGAGCUACGAAUGUGGAGCGCAAGCCAUUUGGUUCUGUUAACAGGAAGCUGGAUGUUACUGCAACUAGUGAUGUGGGGAGCUGUGCUGAGGGUUCGGAUUGUGGCAAUGUUGAGUUUACCAAGGAAGAAGUUGAUGCGCUGGUCAAUGAGAGAUUGAAGAUGAAAAAGUUUGAUCACAAGGGGAAUUUGGAAUUAGUGAGUGAACUUAAUGCUAGGCUUAAGGUUUGUAUCAAAUGGUUCCAGAAGAGAGAUGAAUCCCAUGUCGAAGAGGAAGGAAAGCUUCAAAUUGCUUUAGAUGCUUUGGAGAAAAAGUGUACCGAAACUGAGGCAGAGAUGAAAAACAAGGAGGGGAGAUUUAGUGCAACUAUUAGUGAGCUGAGGCAAGAUAAUGCUUGUUUACAAGAGAGACUUUCAAAAGAAGAAUCAGAAAAGCUGGAUGCAAUCGCUUGUCAUAGAAAGGAAAAUGAAGCACGAAUUGCAUUAGAAGCUUCGCAGGCUUCUCUAUCAAAAGAUCUUGAGAAAGCCCAACAAGAUAUUUUAGCUGCCAAUCAAAGGGCUUCAUCAGUUGAUGAUAUGUACAAGCGAUUGCAAGAGUACAACUUGAGUUUACAACAGUACAAUAGCAAGCUGCAUGCUGAACUUGAAGUUGCUCGCGAGUCUCUAAAACGUGUAGAAAAGGAGAAGUCUACUAUAGUCGAGAACCACAGUACAUUAAGGGGUCGCUACAGUUCAUUGCAGGAUCAAUUAAAUUUAGCCAGGACUGCUCAAGAUGAGGCUUUGAAUCAGAAAGAAACAUUAGCAAAUGAAGUGAAAUGUCUCCGAGGAGAGUUGCAGCAGGUUAGAGAGGAUCGUGAUCGCCAAGUAGCUCAAGUGCAGGUUUUAACUUCUGAUGUGGUGAAGUAUAAAGAAAGUACCGGUGAAUCCUGUGCAAAACUAGAAUAUCUGAUGGAAAAAACAAAAUCCUUGGAGGAGACAUGUUCUUCUCAGAGGGAACAAAUAUGCUUGUUGGAGCAUCAGCUCACUGCUGCAAAUGAAAAGCUGAAGAUGUCUGAUUUAUCUUCUAUAGAAACAAGGACAGAAUUUGAAAAGCAAAAGAGAACUGUACGUGAAUUACAGGAGCGCUUAGCAGAGACAGAAAAUCAACUAGUUGAAGGAGAGAAAUUGAGGAAAAAAUUGCACAAUACCAUUUUGGAGCUAAAGGGUAAUAUUCGAGUAUUUUGCAGAGUGCGUCCCGUGUUGCCAGAUGAUGGUACUGGGUCUGAGCCACCAGUCAUUUCUUAUCCUACCUCAACAGAAGCUCUUGGCAGAGGCAUCGAUGUAAUACAAAGUGCAGGACAGAAAUAUCCUUUUACAUUUGACAAGGUGUUCAAUCAUGAUGCUUCUCAGCAAGAAGUUUUUGUUGAAAUAUCACAGCUUGUACAGAGUGCCCUUGAUGGCUAUAAGGUAUGCAUCUUUGCUUAUGGUCAAACAGGUUCGGGCAAAACCUAUACUAUGAUGGGCAGGCCAGAAGCUCCAGAGCAGAAGGGGCUGAUACCACGCUCUUUAGAACAAAUAUUUCAAACUAGCCAGUCCCUUAUGGCAAAGGGUUGGAAGUACAAAAUGCAGGCCUCAAUGCUGGAAAUAUACAAUGAAACCAUUCGUGAUUUGUUGUCGACAAAUAAAUCGAGCAGUACAGAAAAUGGAGCUCCAGGAAAGCAGUAUACCAUCAAACACGAUGCAAAUGGAAACACCUAUGUCACUGAUCUAACAAUUGUGGACGUUUGUAGAAUGGAAGAGAUUUCCUCUCUACUUCGGCAAGCUGCCCAAAGCAGGUCCGUUGGUAAGACCCAAAUGAAUGAACAGUCUUCAAGAAGCCAUUUUGUGUUCACAUUGCGUAUAUCAGGAGUAAAUGAGGGUACUGAACAACAAGUGCAAGGAGUUCUAAACCUCAUUGAUCUUGCUGGAAGCGAGCGACUCUCGAGGAGUGGGGCAACUGGAGACAGGUUGAAGGAAACUCAGGCCAUCAACAGAAGCUUGUCAUGCUUGAGUGAUGUGAUAUUUGCUUUGGCAAAGAAAGAGGACCAUGUUCCUUUUAGGAACUCAAAAUUGACUUACCUUCUGCAGCCUUGUCUAGGAGGUGAUUCCAAAACCCUGAUGUUUGUCAAUAUUUCUCCGGAUCCUGCUUCAGUUGGGGAAUCUCUGUGUUCCCUUCGGUUUGCAGCCAGAGUUAAUGCUUGUGAAAUUGGUAUUCCUCGACGUCAAAUGCUAGCUCAAAUGCCAGCUCGACCUGCAGAUUCGCGCUUGAGUUAUGGCUAAUCUCAAUUGCUUCUGUUGUGUGUAUCACCACACCUUGAUGCUAACUUCUGUUUGUGGGUCAUUGUUGUGCCAUUUGGGGUUGUUUGUCUGUAGAUGUUCCUGAGCUAAUAAUUUGUAUCAUUAGAAUUACAUGUUGAGGUUAGGAUCUUGUGUUAGUUCCUUGUUAUAGUAGUCAUCAAUUUGUUGGCUUCCUGACCUUGAUCCUUGGAUGUCAGAAAUCCAUCAAUUGGUGAACAGGGUGCUAUAUUAUCUAACUAGUCUGAAGCUAGAAGAUGAGUUUCAUUUUGACAAUGUUAUGUAUAUCACAUUCAUAGCCUAUCUUUAUAAGAUAUUGUAUUAUUACUGUUUUGAUUAAUUCACUUCGAUUUUUCUCGUUUUU